AUGUCCAGUUGCCAAAACGCUCUCCUACCUAGGAGCGUCAUGGACCAUCUUCGAAAACAACAUCAGUUGCCCGUUGAGCUCCGGCCAGCCGUCCGAUCUCUAGUAUCAAUAUUACCGCAACUAGACGCCUCGGACUUACCCCGCCGACCCGACGGCUCGGCUCCCCUGGAAGCGUUGCGGAUCGUAGAAGCAUUCCAAUGCAAGAAGUGUCUUUUCAUACGUCAGGAUAUCACUGAUGUGCGGAAACACAUCAAUAAAGAACACGAUCUCUCGGCUGCGGGAAACUAUGAUGAGAUACAAGCGCAGUCUUGGCUUGGGGGUAGGAGAGCUGUGUAUUGGAGAGUUGAGGUGGGUUUGGAGGAGCUGGUGGAUGAUGGGCCCCAUUGUGUUUGGGGUUUCUUUGGGGCGGGGUUUGGUGAUAAACUUCCGAAGAAUUGGCCGGUGGAAGCAUAUCAGAAGCGCUUGAAAUGA